AUGGAGAAGGCGAAGGAGAUCUUCAUAGCGACGCUGGGAAGCAGCAACCCAACCACAGCGGCCGUUUACAUGAACCUGGGCGUCGCCUACACCGACAGCGGUGUGCCCAUCCCACAGUCCCUCAAAGACACGCUGUCCCGCAUCCAGCCGUUUGCCAACACCCGCAUGGCUGAACAAGAACAAGAACAAGAGCAAGGAGAACAGCAGCAGCAGGGUGGAGGUGACGACGAGGCACACGGUGUUGCUGCCAAGCCCACGGCUGUGCACGACCCUCAUCAGUACAAGAAAGACGGCGAUGCUGGCAGUGACUACAACAAGAGCAGCGACGCGUCCUCCGAGACCACGCUGCAGCGCGUGUUUGUGCUGGAGACGACAGACACGCAUGCCUCUGUCUCGCACAAGUUUGUGGCGCGGCUGUGCUACCCAAACGACGUGCAUGUGGCGGUGCUCGACCCCAAGCUGGGCGGCCUCCUGUCGGACCUCGUCGACGCAUUCACCAAGAGCAGCGUGGCCAAGGACCUCGAUGUGCUUGCGGCUGCAAGCAUGGGUAACCGCAUCUGCUUCACGGGCAGCAACGCCGUGCCGGUGUGGUCGCAAGCCAAGCUGUUUGCAAGCUUCCUCGCGCCCGCCUUCCACCCGUUUGCCCGCAGCGACCGCGUGCUGGGCGACGACAAGAUCAUGGAGCAUGUCCUGAACGACUACGGCCUCAGGCUCGUGCGCUACCCGACGCCUGGCCUGCUGCCCCACGCCGACACGGCACACGGGGCCAUGCGGGAUCACCCCGCCCAUCGCAUCGCCCGUGGCACCCCAGCAGGCGCUGAUACACACGUGCGACCUGGACGGCGCCGCGUCAUGCUGCUGGAGGACUCGCUGGACUACUACCUGGAUCAGGACAGGGAGCGCGGGCUCAGCUAUAUCAACAGCACCAUCGGCGCCCACAUCAAGUCGCAGAUGAAGAUCAGCGUCACGGGCAUGCAGUACCGCUUCCUCGACUCGCAGCUGCUGGAGCUGGCCCGCAAGUUCCGUGUGUAUGUGCGCAAGCCCAGCGCAGAGGACAGGGACGCGUGCGCCUCAAGCGUGCCCGUGACCGUGGAGGGCAUGCAGCGGCAGCUGACGGCGUUUGACAACGCGGUGCAGGACACGCUCAAGGAGCACCUGUGCCACGUGCUCGGGCUGCCGGUCAUUGACACGUCGCACGUGCCGGAGAUGUCCGAGGCGGACGUCACCUUCCUGAAGCGCAAGCUGUUCAAUUACCUGACCAAGGCCAGCCGCACGCUGUGCCGCAGCAAGGACGGCGUGGUGAGCUAUGUUGCGCCGCAGGACGUGAUUGGCACGCCCUCUGAGCGCAACUCGACGUUCCACACCAUCGCCCACAUCCAGCCCACGCGCUGCGUGUGCCGGGUGCCGGUGUCCGUGACCAAGGAGCUGGUUGCUGGACAGCAAGCUGAAGCGGCUGCGCAAGAAGGCGUUGGUGCUGAUAUUGGUUAUACCGCAAGCACGGGCGCUGCUUCGGCAACUGCAAAUGCUUCUGCUGCCACUGCUUCUUCUGCUUCUUCUGCUGCUGGCGACGAUGGGCCUGUCGACCUCAGUGCCCACGCAGUGCUCGAAGGCCCGCGCAAGGAAGUGGCGGCGGCGUCGAAGGUGCUGUUGCUGACCACGUGUGUGAAGCUGUUCCCAGCCAAGGUGAAGCAGGCCGUGUGGGAGGUGGAGCCAUACCAGUACCACACCACCAGCGAGACGCUGCCGGCUGUGCAGCUGCGCGCGGAGAUUCGCGAGGGAAGCAUCAUCAACGACCGCGACAUGAAUGCCGAGAGGAGCGGUCCCCUUGCGAUAAAACGAGGCGCGCGUGACCACCACGUGCUGCACGUGGUUGCGCCAAACUUUGCACCCGAGUUUGGCAGCACGGUGACGCAGACGGCUGCGGAUCUGACGACGGCGUACCGCGCGCUGCUGACGACGGCGCGGGACAACAACAUCCGCUCGCUCGCCACGUGCGCGCUCGGCUGCGGCGCCUUCCGCUGCUCCCCAUACGCAUCUGCAUGCACGCUGUUUGAGGUGAUUGACGAGGUGGGCCGCGACGGCACGCUCUUCGACACCAUCCGCACGUUUGAGAAGUACUAUGGCGAGAAGGUGGGCAGCGGGCUGUAUGAGGACCUGCAGCGCAGCGCACUGGAUGGCGCCUUCACCAAGUACCGGGCUGCCAUCGCUGCCAAGCACAAGCGCAGCAAUGCUGACAACGAUGAUGAUAACGAUGGUGGUGAUGAUGAUGAUGAUGAUGAUGAUGAUGAUGAUGAUGAUGAUGAUGAUGAUGGUGGUGAUGGUGGUGAUGGUGGUGAUGGCAAUGGUGGUGGUGAUAAUGAUGGUGUUGGUGGUGGUGGUCACGAUGGCGAUCAAUCACAACGACCCCUGCCACCCCAAAACGAUGUUCCCGGUGAUGGUGCUGUCGCUGAGAACAACGACUACGGGGUCAACGGAAUCAGAGGCAGCCCCCAAGACAACAACAAUAACCCCAACAAUAACAACAACAACCACAACAUUCUUGGCAAUGCCAGCUAA